CUUCUUUCCAGGUUUUAUUAAGUGGGUAUUGAAUUGGUGCUAGUUUUUUAAUAGUGGUGUCUGCACAGAGGAAGCCGAGCUUCAUGGUAAAUGACAAUGGGGAAUUACAUAAGCAGGUUGUGCAUGCCCAAGUUUUUGUUCAAGAAUCAUGGUGAUGGUGAUGCUGAUGAGGAUGAAUCUUGGCAUAAUGUUGAAUUUUCUAGCGAAAAUGUACACCUCAUUGCCACAGGAGAAGAGUGGGAGGAGAAGAUGGAAGAAGCAAAGAAAGAUGACAAAAUUGUCAUUGUGAACUUCAGUGCCUCAUGGUGUGUUCCUUGUAGAGCAAUUGCACCAUUAUACAGUGAGCUAUCUGAGAAACAUCUUUCUUGGAUGUUUUUGGUGGUCGAUGUUGAUGUGCUUUCGGACUUGAGUUCAACCUGGGACAUCAAAGCGACGCCAACCUUCUUCUUCCUUAGGGGUGGACAGCAAUUCGAAAAAGUCAUAGGGGCCAACAAAGAAGAGCUGCAGAAGAAGGUAGCUGCGGUUGCUGACUCAGAGACACCGAGCCAGCCAUAGCUCUUUAUGGCGAUGCUUUCAUGAGUGGCAUGGAAUGACCUUCUCUUUUUGUUAGUCUGUCUGUGUCUUCGAUUGUAAAUGCAACUAACGUUUUCCCGGUUAGUGUCUUUGAGAUUGAGAAAGCUGAAAGAAGCUGUGAGUUAGGUGACCUUCACAGCUUCACAUUGAGCAUUGUAAUGGAAAAAGGAAUGGUUUUCUUUUCCCCAGUAAAAAGAUGCAUUGGUCUUUA